UGACCCACCUUGGGCUCCUGAUGUCUUCUGAUGGUCUUUUUUGGACACUUCUUAGAGAAGUCCAAAUUAAAACCUCCAGGGAUCAUGCUUACUGAGUUGUGUGGCAUACCCCAUGUGAUUGCAGUGCCUUUUGUAAAAAUACUUUAGAAAACUCUUUCCUGGAUUUUAUUUAACACAGCUGGAACUCCCAAAGUGCUCUGCAGAAAUGUGAUAUGACAGAAGCCAGCACGAGUCACAGACAGAAUGGAAAGAACCAAAGAACCUAACCAUAGAAUCACCAUAACACCAUACAACCUAACUCCAUACAGUGUGCCACGUAAAAGUUGAUGCUGAAAUCGAUGGACUCUCUGAGAGUCCAAACCAGUGGCUCUAUCCUAAGGAUGCCACAGCAUGCUCGAAAAGUUGGGCCUUUUCCAUAGAGCAUCUGAAGUUAUGAUGAUGGUUUUGCCAUCUUUUCAUGGUGCAUGGCGGAGGGGUGCAUUGUUAAACAUGGCAGCUCUGGUUGGGAUCCACAGCCUCUUGGAGACACCCUGCAAAGAGGAAUGCGUUCAUCCUCUUUUAUCCCAUCCACUGCCUGGAGAGCCCACCAACGCAGCACAAAUGCUCUGGAUAUAACCAUAUUCAGCAGUUUUUAGGAAAUAAGCAGCCCCAGGUUAGGCAUAGCAGUCUUGUUGUUGCUCACUUGGACUCAGAGCAUUUCUACAGCACCUGGAAGAGCUUGAUUGCAUCUUGGGUAUGCUCCUACACCUGUCCCAAAGAGACAAACAUAAGGCCCAGACUGUGUCCAUGUCCCCAUUUCCCAGAAACAUUGAGUAAAAGGGAAGCCCAUGCAUGAGCACUUUGUCUAACAUCAGUCCAUUCUAGGGCAGCAGACUAUGCUGAGCUGUUGGUGCCCACUAAGGCUUCCUGCCAGCAGUGCCACCCAGCAGAAGACAUGGGGUCCUGACUGUGAGUCAAACAUGAAACCUUGUAGAGAUGAACAGCCACGCGUGGUGCCAAAUUGCCAUGAGUGCAGCCAUCAGGGCAAAAUAAAUUAUUCUUCCCCUCCAGCAGGCACUUGUGACUCCUCAUCUGGGAUUUGUCCAGAUUUAGGGUCUACGGACGCCAAAGAGAUGGUUUUGUGUGGCCAGGAGAAGAUGAAAGAGGAUCUUUUUGCUGUUUGGAGGAGGCAGGGUACAGACAAGACAGAGCCAGAUUUGAGCACAACCACAGGACAAAAUUCAACAGCAGCAUGGGAAAUGAGAUAUAAAGGGGAAAAAAAAACCAAAAACAUGAGCAUAUUCUGAUACUAGGGUCCAGAGUGCUCCAUGCACAAAGGUGCUCAGAGUUGGGAUAGACAAACCUCCAGGCAACCUGGUUUAACCAUAAAGUCCCAGUGCAAGCAGAGGGCUGGAGCAUUCUCCUCUAGAAGCUGCUUCCAACAUGAAUGAUCCCACGAACUAAUAUUCUGAGAAUACACUGGCACCGACACCUGCAGGAUGGUUGCCCUGGCUGUGCACCUUCAUUUAGGGAUAACGAGCUGCACUUUGGCUUGCUGGAGCCGUUGUCAGGGAGGUUGCCAGGGAGGCUGACAUCAGAUAUCCCUUCCCUAUAGAUUAUCAUGCACAGCAGCACCAUCAGUUCCUAAUCUGCAAACGAGAUGGGAGGGCACCCAGAGCAAGCCCUGGAGGGUGUUUUACGUCACUGGCCUGGGUUGCCUAGCACCGCUGGGACCGUGGAGAAGGUGCACCAGAAUUUUUACCCCUGCGUGUCCUAUCUGGGAACCGAACAUUGCUGAGGACACUGCAGAGGAGCAGUGGAGGAGAUGGCAGCCGAGGCAGGGGAGCUCAAGCUGCCAUUCAUCCACGAUGACCAGCUCACCCGGUGCAUGCGUCUGAGAGCCCAGAGCCUGCAGCAGAAAAAUGCCAGGCCCCAGGAUGGUGAGAAGCUGCUGCAUCCCAAUGAGCAUGUCUACAGGGUGGAUUUCAUCCGGCAGCACAACCUGCACUUCCUCCGCUGGGACAUCCAACUGGAGAGAUCUGGGAAGGUGAUGGUGACCGGCACCUCCCAGCACUGGACUCCUGAUCUCACCCAUCUGAUGAACCGGCAGCUGCUGGAACCAGUGGGCAUCUUCUGGAAGAAACCAGGAGCCAAGGAGGUGGAGUGCAAUGAGGCAGAUGCCCAGGAAUUUGGGGAACGGCUCGUGGAGUUAGCCAAGAUCCGCAAGGUGAUGUAUUUCCUCCUUGCUUUCACCGAUGGCCUUGAACCUGCUCAGCUGAAGGGUUCCAUCGUUUUUAAGGCCUGAUUCCCUUCAGCUCUGUCCUUCUUGCUCAGCUAUGCUUUGUCUUCAUUUUUCUUUCCUUUGUUCAGUUCUCGGUUGUUUCUAUGUGGCUCUUCAUUGAAGGGUGGCAUAACAAAAUGGUGGAGAACAUCUUGGCACUUCUGGAGCUCCUCACCCCUGAAAAACAUUCCCUUAACGUGCUUUCCUCAAUCUGAAUGAAGGGGAAAAGGGAGGACGAGCCAUGGAUACUUGCUGCUUUAUUUGCCUAGAGUAUAAUUCUGCUUGCUUGUGAGUUCAGGAAUUCACCAGGCCUGGCUGGCUCAGUCUUGCUGGCUUGGAAAUGUUUGGCUGCUCUUACCUUUCCAACCAUGGCACCUGGAUACAAAAUGCCUGAUGGAAAAACAAAUUGCCAUGCUGCAAAUAGGAGAGGCAUCCUGGAGAGAGUGCUGCUUUCCCGUUUCCAUCCCAACUAUCCAGAAGGGGAGGCUUGUUUGAGAUGGAUCCUUGCAAGGAUGCUGAGUGCUUGCAACUUAUAGUGACUCCUAUGUGACUGUAACUGUGACCGCUCCAUGUCUCUGAAGACCAGACCUAUGGAAGCUCACCUUACCAUGAAGCUGAAGGACCUUCAGACAUGUUGUAUUCAGCAGAUUGCAAACUCACUGGACAAAAAAAUAGGAGGGUGGACUUUGCUUUUCCUGACAGCUUUCACUGUUUAACACUGGGGGUCAAUGUGGGGAGGUGUGCUCAAGCAUGUUGCCUUCCUCUUGUCGCCUGUAUUUCUGUUACUGAGAUGGAUUGGAGCAGGCAUGCAUGUGUGUGCAGAGCCAGCAGCUCAGAGCAGGCUGUAGGUCUGAGCCAGCAGCUAGUCCCCUGCAGCAAAACCAAUCUGUGCAUGAUUAUGGCCUUAAAACAUCUUCAUGGCCAAGUUGGAUGGGGCACUGAGCAACCUGGUGUAAUGGAAGGUGUCCCUUUCCAUGGCAGGGUGGUUGGAACUAGAUGAUCUCUAAGGUCCUUUCCAACCCAAACCAUUCUUUGAUUCUGUGAUCUAUAGAGAGCACUUUGCAGACCACAUCCAGGAUAUUUUGUUCCUGUCUCAUCUAUUGACAGUGGAUAAACUGCUAACUUUGGACAUCUCCUUUUCCUCCUCCAGAAGGUACUUCGGUGACACUUCUUGAGAGUCACAGGUGAAAAUUUGCACCCAAAUGAUGGUGUGCAUUCCUCAAAGUAUAGACUGAGGUUUUCCUGAGGUAUGUAAGGAGAGGGCAAUGAUGGGAAACCAGCAUGAGAUGGCAUGAUACCCAUGGCCUACUGAUUGUGUAGACCAUCCCCAGAAGAGUCCAGCUUCUUUUCCAGAUCCGAUGGAGAUCCUGGACACCAUGCCCUCUCUAGCACAAUGACAGUGUAUAAAAUAAUAUGCACAAGUUGUGUUAGAGAGAAAGGAAAAGUCAAACAGAGAUGGAGAGAAGUUGGGAGCUUUGAGUCUUGUCUGCAGCCAAAGUUCAGCAACCACAUAGGGCCAUGCCAUGGGCACUGCUGGAGAAGUUGAUGUCGCUGCUUAUAUCCCAAGACAUGCUGUAUUCAGUGAAGAGAAAUAAAAGGGGACUCAUCCCUGCUUGGCUAUAGUAUGGACCUAUGGUGGAUCAAAUCCAGUUCUAGGGUCCCAAAACAGUCUCUUUUUCUAUAGGAGAACUCUCUUCAUACAUCCCAGAACAAAGUCCCUGAGUGCAAACCAGAUUAGAUCCCAUAACAGGAGUCACUGCCAACUUCCAAAAGGGUUUUUGCAUGCCAGGUCUUGUAAUAUGUAAUUGCUACAAUGCUGUUUGCUCAUUUUGAGUUCCUGCAGCAGGUACCUUGCUUGGUAUUGAUGUGCCACAGUAAAUAAAAGCCUUAUCAGCUGGUUUCCCCUUAAAGAUCAAGGCUGUCCAUAUUUUCUUGAUUCCCUGUUUGGUAGCUGCCCUAGUCCUGCAUGCAGUAAGGCAGAACCCACCAAUUUUCAAGUCAUUGCUGGUAUUUUUUAUAACCUUCUCCUCUGCAAAAAAAAAGUGAACAGAACACUUACCUUCUUCUCUCUCAGCAUGAAAGGCUAAAUGGAGCAUUUAGUAUUUGGUUUGAUUUGGAGGGGUGUGAAGCUGGGCAGAGGAGAAAUUGAUGGAGGAACUGAGAUCCUCGAGUGGAUCACAUCUUUCCAUCAGAGCUGGGAGUGGGAGGUGAAUGGGGUACUCAGAUUCCUCUCUCCCACAGGGCAGAUGAUCCAAUUUAUGCCAACCACUGAAAAUAUCCCUACAAAGUUUUCAUGCCCUGUAAAGGCUUUCAGAUACACCACUCCAUCCCAUCUCCUGGAGAAGUUCAGACCUGGUUCGUUCAGCAGAUUGGCACACCGGGUUCCCCUCCUCCCCGUCCUCAGCUGGCAAGUUCUCAAUAGAAUAUCUCCUGUUUGGAGGAAUCAGCACCCACCCAUCCCUCCUUCAAGUCAGGGAUGUUUCUCCAGAGUUAUAGGUGCAUUUUCUGUUAAUUAGCCACUCCGGAGUAAGAAAAAGUCUGCAUCAGCUUAGUCAUUUGCGCUGCCUCAAUGCAACCAAGCUGAGUCCAGGACUCAGCAGGAUCCCAGGAUGAGUGGUUAAGGGCACGCUCUCCAGUAACCACAGAGGAGAGGUGAAAUAUCUGAGGAGGGUUCCUGGGGGGUGGGUUAGAGCUGUGGAUCUCAUUUAUAUGACUAUCUCCUGCUUAAUCUUUUAGGGAAUAUGCAGGGUAAGGCCACAGGUAGAGUUGUCCUGUGUGCCUUGAAGUGUGACUGUCCUGGGACCAGUAUCUCAAUAGGCACCUAGAACUGCCACCUCUCUCCUGUUGUGCCGGUGGGUGUAGGAGAUGGCCCCUCUCUGGCCCAGGGGCACCACUGUCCUUUUUAUACCCUUCUCAUGCCCUCAGAAAUUCACCAUAUCAUAGAAUCAUAAGGUUGGAAAAGACCUCUAAGGUCAUCUAGUCCAACUGUCCA